GGCAGCUGGCACUUGGAGCCCCAUGGAUCCCCUCAACCUCUCGUGGUACGACGGGGACAGGAACUGGAGCAGGGCCCUGAACGCGUCGGAGGCGGCGCCGAAGCCGCACUACAAUUACUACGCCGUGCUGCUCGCCCUCCUCAUCUUCAUCAUCGUCUUUGGCAACGUGCUGGUGUGCAUGGCAGUGUCCAGGGAGAGAGCCCUGCAGACCACCACCAACUACCUGAUUGUCAGCCUGGCCGUGGCCGACCUGCUGGUGGCCACGCUCUGCAUGCCCUGGGUGGUGUACCUGGAGGUGGUUGGGGAGUGGCGGUUCAGUCGCAUCCACUGCGAUAUCUUUGUCACCCUGGACGUCAUGAUGUGCACUGCCAGCAUCCUCAACCUCUGUGCCAUCAGCAUUGACAGGUACACGGCCGUGGCCAUGCCCAUGCUCUACAACACUCGCUACAGCUCCAAGCGCAGGGUCACCGUCAUGAUCGCCGUGGUCUGGGUGCUCUCCUUUGCCAUCUCCUGCCCGCUCCUCUUCGGCCUCAACAACACAGAUGAGAAGGAGUGCAUCAUUGGCAACCCUGCCUUCGUGGUGUACUCCUCCAUCGUGUCCUUCUACGUGCCCUUCAUGGUGACGCUGCUGGUGUACGUGCAGAUCUACAUCGUGCUGCGGCGCCGCAGGAAGCGGGUCAGCACCAAACGGAGCAGCCACGUGCUGGACUCGGACACGCAGGCCCCCCUGAAGGACAAAUGCACUCAUCCAGAAGACGUCAAGCUCUGCACAGUUAUUGUGAAGUCCAAUGGGAGCUUCCAAGUUAAUAAGCGCAAAGUGGAGGCAGAGAGUCACAUAGAAGAGAUGGAAAUGGAGAUGGUGUCCAGUACCAGUCCCCCUGAGAAAACGGCCCUCAAACCCACAGCACCAAGUAACCACCAGUUGAUUGUGCCAGUUGCUUCUAAUCGGGGCAACAACUCUACCCUGCAGGCACCCCUGAGCAGCCCUGGGAAGGUGGAGAAGAAUGGCCAUGCCAAAGAAUCCCACCACACAGCCAGGGUCUUCGAGAUCCACUCCCUGCCCAACGGCAAGACGAGGAACUUGCUCAAGGCCGUGAUCAGGAGGAAACUGUCCCAGCAGAAGGAGAAGAAAGCCACGCAGAUGCUGGCCAUCGUGCUCGGUGUUUUCAUCAUCUGCUGGCUCCCCUUCUUCAUCACUCACAUCCUGAACAUGCACUGCGACUGCAACAUCCCCCCGGCCAUGUACAGCGCCUUCACGUGGCUCGGCUACGUCAACAGCGCUGUCAACCCCAUUAUCUACACCACCUUCAACAUCGAGUUCCGCAAGGCUUUCAUGAAGAUCCUCCACUGCUAA